AUGAGUGCUGCUAUUUCAUCAGAUCCCUGGGAGCCAGAUCAUGCAGUCCUCAAAGAACUAGCUGGAUACUUGAGAGAUGCUUUGAGUGCUCAUAAUCCUGCCGCUCAGAAGCAAGCAACGCUUAUGCUGGGACAAGCAAAGUCGAAGCCUGAAACCACCCGAUACCUCGCCUACAUGUUUCGGAACGGCCCCCAAACACAGUCUCUCAACCUUCCUCCAUCAGAGUUGAUAGUACUUCGAAGCUCUGCAGCAAUCAAUCUCAAGAACAUUAUCAAGGCUUCAUACAGAAAUUUAGACGAGGAUACCAGAGCCUACGUACGAGCUACUGUUCUCCCUUGCCUUGAAGACGCAAUUGGACCAAUUCGAAGCCUUACUGGCACCGUGAUUACAGAGAUUGUGCAACGGGGUGGGGUUCUCGGCUGGCCAGAACUCUUCUCUCAACUACUAUCGCUGGCAGCUAAUGACAGGGGUGAUAUCACCGAAGCAGCUCAAGAAGGAUCAAUGGGUGCUCUUGUGAAGAUCUGUGAUGAUAGAACGGAUGACCUCGACCGCGAAUAUCAGGGUCAACGCCCGAUCCAGGUCAUACUUCCACGUCUUCUGCAAAUUUGCAAAAGCCCUGUGCCAUCAGUACGCUCAAGAGCUGUCACGUGUCUCAACGCUUUCAUACCCCAAAAAUCAGAUGUACUCCUCGCCUCACUGGAUGCGGUCUUGGAUCAGUUGUUUCAUCUAGCUCAAGACUCGGACCCGGAUGUCCGUCGCAAUCUUUGUCGUGCCUUUAAUUUAGUGAUUGAUAUCAAACCAGACCGGAUCAUACCUCACAUGGAAGGGCUCGUUGACUACAUGAACCUUCAGCAGAAAGAUCCAGAUGAACGGGACGUUGCUUUGGAAGCUGCUGAAUUCUGGCUUGCUGUUAGCGAAAACGAGCAGAUAUGCCCCUACCUUGAGCCCUACUUAAGGAAAAUUGUUCCCCUCUUACUUGAAAGUAUGGUGUAUGAUGAAGAGACGAUUAUCCGCGAAUCAGCGCGGCCUGAGGAUGCUGCCGUUGAAGACCGCACUGAGGACAUCAAGCCACGCCAUGCUACCUCCAAAUUGUCAAAGACCUUUGUCAACGCUUCGAAUUCCAAUGGAGGCGGCCUUGAGGAUGGAGAGAUAGAGGAUGAAGAUGAUGAAGACGACCAGGAGAUCGAUGGGCAGUGGAAUCUUCGGAAGUGCUCUGCGGCAGCUCUAGACGUUUUAGCAUCAAAAUUCCACCAGCUAGUCUUCGACAUCGCCUUAGAGCAUUUGAGUAAGAACCUGGCUAACCCAGAAUGGCCCUAUCGUGAGGCUGCGGUCCUCGCAAUGGGUGCUAUCGCUGAGGGCUGCAUGGGAGCUGUAGCACCAGCCCUUCCCAACAUCGUUCCAUAUUUUAUCUCUUUGUUGAAAGAUAGAGAACCAUCCGUGCGACAGAUAACAUGCUGGGCGUUGGGAAGAUACUCUGAGUGGGCACUCAACCUCAAUGAUCAGAACGAGAGGAAACGUUUCCUGGAAUCGAUGCUGCAUGGGAUCCUGGAACGCAUGCUCGACAAUGUUAAAAAGGUACAGACUGCAGCAGCUUCUGCAUUCGCCAUCAUGGGUGAAAAGGCGAAUAAGGAGCUUAUACCCUAUCUUGGGCCAAUCAUCAACACUUUUGUGGCAUGUUUUGAUGUCUACAAAACUCGAAAUAUGUACGUUCUUUACGACUGUGUGCAGACUUUGGCGGAUCAGGUAGGAUCGUCUCUUCGGAACCCCGAGCUGACCAAUACUUUGAUGCCUGCUAUCAUCAAUCGAUGGAAACAAGUCCCAGACGAAGCUCCAGAACUGUUCCCACUUAACGAGUGUCUAUCAUACGUCGUGGCAGCACUUGGACCUGCGUUUGCACCCUUUGCGGUCCCAAUAUUUGCACGGUGCAUUAGUAUUAUUCGCCAAAAUCUGGAACAGCAUCAUUUGGCGAACGGUAAUGCCAACAUGGAAAAACCCGAUAAAGAUUUCUUGGUCACUACUUUAGACCUCAUUAGCGCUAUUAUUCAAACGCUGGAACCGGCCCAGAGCGGCGAGCUUGUACAGAAGUCUGAGCCAAGGUUCUUUGAUUUGCUUUUGUAUUGUAUGGAAGACCGCCACAACGAUGUGCGUCAAUCAUCAUACGCCUUGCUCGGGGACUGCGCCGUCAACAUCUUCCCACAGUUGCACCCGAAUCUUCCGACGCUCUUGCCUAUUACAGUCCGGCAACUUGACAUCAAUUUUGCAAAUUCGGGCAAUCGCGAUCGAGCAUUCAGUGUGAUCAAUAAUGCGUGCUGGGCAUGCGGUGAGAUAGCGAUGAGGUACAGACAGGAAAUGGCUCCUUACACAGAAAAUCUCUACCGAAGUCUCAAAGCAAUAAUCGAUCAGCCAGGCGUUCCUGUUUCGGUCGGUGAGAACGCCUCUGUUGCAAUUGGCCGUCUUGGGGUACAUUCGCCUACAGUCCUGGCUCCCCACCUUGGUGAAUUUGUUGAACGAUUCUUGACACUUAUAGAGCCGGUGCAACAGACUGACGAGAAGGCACAUGCCUUCCUGGGCCUCAAUAGGAUCAUUCGACAAAAUCCAUACGCUAUGGGACCUUAUCUUUUGCCUUAUAUACAAGCCAGCCUAGCAUACAGCAAGGAAACAGUUGGCCCCGGAGACCAAGGAGAAGCGAUCGGUGGCUCGUUCCAACAGAUUCCAGUCAUCUUACGCAAUCUCCUGACUCCUGAACCCGGCGAACUACAGGCACCCAUGAAUCCAUCUCUUCGUCCGCCAGGCGCUCGAUCAUCGCUCGUGUCUGCAUACAACUGGCGAUUAGUCGUUCCCGUGCGCUUACAUUCAUCUUAUGCUCAGUUCCGUCGUACCUUGACUUUAAUGGAGCCACGUACAGGGCUUUUGGAGUGA